GGGAUGAACUAUAUUCGGCUAUGCAGCACCCUUAUACACUCUUUAUCUAGCUCUCUUGGGGUCGCUUUCAACAUGCUCCUGAUUUUUCUGGUUUUGAAGAAAACCACAAAACAGCUCAGAACAUAUUCGAUACUAAUUUUCAACUUUGCAUUGUGCGAGUUUUGCACGUGCUUAGCAGAUUUGUUGGCACAGCUUCGCGCUACACUGCUAUGCCCAUGCGCUAUGGAGUUUGCUAUUCUCAUUCUUGUAUCGUUUUUAUGUCAAAAGCGGACACCACCGAGUAAACGCAUCAUCGUAGCGAGUAUUCUUGUAAUGUACAUACCGUCAUUCCUCCAAUUGAUGACCUUCUCUUUUGCCAACGAUAACGAGGAUGAGUUGAAAAGAAUCGUUGAGAAGAAGUAUGGUUACGAUAUGCACUCGGAAUACGUUGGCGGUUUCAAAAACACUCUGGGUUGGAGGUCACUUCCUGGAGUUCUCCAUAUAACAUUACCCGUUGCUCCUGUAUACAUCGCCAUUCUUGUGCUUAGAAAACUUACCAUUUCGAUACUUAGCCGUGGAAUGGUCAUGUCAGAGAGCAAUCGACGACUUCACUCACAAUUGCUUCAGGCGCUCACGAUCCAAGCCUGCUUACCCAUUUUCUUUCUACUAGCCGUCAUCGUGUACGCCAUUGAACAGUUGAAUAUUUGUCAUCAUCCUCUUCUUGAAUAUUCCUGUUUCAUGCUAGUUAGUUUCAUUCCAAUGUUGAGUCCUCUCACCUCAUUUGUUUUCAUUCGUCCUUACAAUGUUUGGAUCAAAGAGACGUUUCUACGCCGGACAAAAGUGUCCUCCAGCACCAGGGUAUCGACAGUUACGUCAACAGCCAGAAUCAGUGACCAGAACAUCAAGCUCUGA